AUGACCAGCUUCAUAUAUUCUUUGUUGACUGAUCUCGGAAUUCGCACCCGACCCCGCCCUCCCCACUCCAACCAAGCGGAGACUCCUCAACGUCAAACAAUCCCGUCAACCGGCGGUCACCCCGAUCCCACUCUUUCAACCCGCCAACAUAGUGGUGAUUCGGGAUCGACCAGCGGAAAUGCAGGAUCUUUGCCUGCGCCGCCUUUCUUCACAACGCUACCCAAAGAAAUGGACGGCCGAACUUCGGAGCCGGAAGGCGUUCGAAUAAUGCCUCAAAACAGCCCUCUACCAAGCGACACAUUGACGACCACUCGGCGCGCCGCCGACAUUGUACACACGAUUGAUGUCGAUAUCGAUACACGUGGCACGGCGGACGUAGAAUCUGGGCAUAGCGAGGUGGCGGGGCCACCGACUACCAACUCGCGGUUGAGAAGCGACGGACCCGGACGAUCACCAAACAAUGCAUUCAACUUAGAUCAAGCGGGCCCGAUAUCUCUACCCGCCGAUGAUGGGAUGGGUUGGCUCAGAAACAAGAUUCAUGUUAUUCGCGAACUGGACCUCAGCAACGACGAUAAAGCACGGAUGGUUCACGACCUGAUGACAGAAAGCUAUAACUCCUCUCGAAUCCUUUCCCCGAGUCUUGCCGCAGCAUUAUCCCCCACGCUUAGCCCUUCACGGCUGGCCCAGCUCGGAAGCCCGCCAAUCCAUGGAAGCAAACGUACGCCGGAUAUGGCUCCGCUGAGCCCGACAUUAAAGGCCUCGGUGUCUCAGUAUGAGCAUCAGUUCACACUCACUCCGGAGGACUUACAACCUACGUAUGUUCCGAAGGUGGAGCUCGAGUCGCCAGUGGUUGAGACGGGCGAGGAGACGGGAGAAGAAGAUCCAGACACCGAAGAAUUGGAGGAGACGUCUCUUGGCUGUCAGCACUACCAUAGGAAUGUCAAACUCCAGUGCAUUACUUGCAAAAGGUGGUACACAUGCCGAUUUUGCCACGAUGAAGUCGAGGACCACCAUCUCAUACGCCGAGACACCGAGAACAUGCUAUGCAUGCUAUGCGGUCAUGCCCAGCCCGCGGCGUAUGACUGCAGAAAAUGUGGAGAGCAGACUGCUCAGUAUUUUUGUGAAAUUUGCAAACUAUGGGACAAUGACGGAAAUAAAAGCAUUUAUCAUUGCAACGACUGUGGUAUUUGUCGGAUUGGUCAGGGGCUCGGCAAGGACUUUUUCCACUGCAAGACAUGCUCUGUAUGCUUACCUAUCUCGAUCGAGGAUACUCAUCGCUGUAUCGAAAGAUCCACCCAGUGCGAUUGCCCCAUCUGUGGCGAUUACAUGUUCGAUUCACCGGAGACCGUGGUCGUGAUGCGAUGUGGCCAUAGUCUCCACCACAAAUGUCUGUCAGAAUACUCGAAGACCUCGUUCCGUUGCCCUAUCUGCAGCAAGACCAUCACCAACAUGGAAUCGACGUUCAGGAAUCUCGAUCGUACGAUUGAAAGCCAACCCAUGCCUGAAGAAUUCAAAGACACAAAAGGCCUGAUCUAUUGUAACGAUUGUGGCGCAAGAUCAGCUGUCAAGUACCACUGGUUGGGAUUGAAGUGUGAUUUGUGUGAAUCUUAUAAUACUGCUCAACUGAGAGUUUUGCAAGGUGACGUUUCUGAAGCGCUCGAAGAGGAAAGCGUCAGGGAUCCCUCAUCUCGGCCGCGAUCGUCGUCCUUCAAUGUGCCUGGGGAUGCAACGGCAUCAUUGGCAUCGAUGCAUCUCAGUGCUAGCCAGGCGACCCAGUCCCAACUCAGCGUACCAGGAGCCGCCGGAUCCGAUCGACAAUUUGUGUCCUACAAUAUGACUCAUGGGCGCGCCAUUUCACCUGUGGUCAGCAACUACUUCGGUCUGCCGACUGAACGUGAGUCAGAGAAACCAUCCUCUAUGCCCUUUUUCGGGGGUGCAUCUCAAGAUAACCAUGGGGGUGAUUAUGGUGCACUGAACUUCUUGAGCAAGAAGCUCCGAGAUCGCUAUGGAUUCCUUGCAGGUGAGACGGCACUCACCGAAGGCACAUCCGAGGCUGAAGAGGAAGACGACGAUGCAGGAUCCGGUAGUUCCUCGGAAUCGGAUGAAGAGGAUGGUGAGGGUGGCGAAGAGGAGGAAGACGAAGUAGCUGAGCACAUCAACAUUUUUGGCCAUCGAUGA